AUGGACCAUUUCCGACUUACCAUCACCGACGACAUCACGGAGUGGGAUUACGGGGCGUAUGAGGGGGUGAUACCUGGCGACGUCAAUGUUCGAAGAAAGGAGCAGGGCCUGGGAAAAUGGAAUAUCUGGAUCGAGGGAUGUGAAGGCGGCGAGAAGCCUGAUCAAGUAAAAGAGAGGCUCGACCGGCUUAUCGAACAGAUCACAGAGAUCCAAAAGCCCUUCAUUCAUGGCGGGCCGGCCCCAGAUGUCAUGGUGGUUGCCCAUGGCCAUAUACUUCGCGCUUUCGUCAAGAGAUGGCUCAAGUAUCCGAUGGAUUUCGAGUUUACAAUGAUGAUGGAGCCGGGUGCCAUUGGCAUUCUCAGCUAUGCCCACCACAAUAUCGAGGAGCGUGCCCUUCUGGUUGGCUCCUUCAGACUCAUCCUCAUGUUGCGCAACGAUAUCGCAUUUACUACCACGGACGGCGUUGUCCUCAGUGGCUGGUUUUAUCGGCCGGCUACGACGACAGUGGUGGUCGAUCAGCCACUGUCCUGUGUCAUCCUGUCCCACGGCUUCUCGGCGAUCAAGGAUAUGGGUCUGCACGGUUUUGCCAGCCGCUUUGUGAGCAGCCUGGAAUUGCCUUGUCUUGUCUACGACCACCGUGGCUUCGGAACCAGUGCCACAGGUGCUGGACAGCCCCGUCAUGAGAUCCUCCCUGAUCAGCAGAUUGCCGACAUGCAGGACGCCAUCACCUAUGCCCAGAGCCGUGCCGAUGUUGAUUCCGACCGCAUUGCCGUCUGGGGCAGCUCCUACAGCGGUGGUCAUGUUCUGCGCAUCGGUGCCAUUGACCGCCGUGUUCGUGCUGUUGUGAGCCAGGUUCCCUGCGUCGAUGGCUGGGCCAACUACUACCGUCUCGUGCGGUCAGACUUUGCCGCGAGCAUGAGUGCCGCUUUUGCAGACGACCGCAUCAGUCGCGCUGUCGGCAAGCCACCCACCACAAUUGCGGUUGUCGACAAGGAUCCGCUCAAGCCAUCUGCCCUGCAAACGCCUGACAGCUAUGUCUAUUUUAGCGGCUGGGGCACACACUCAUCCUGGCAGAACGAGGUGACUCUGCGCAGCAUCGAGGCCAUGCGCGCCUACAAUCCCGCUGCGGAUAUCAGCCGCAUUGCACCGACGCCGCUGCUUAUGCUUGUAGCUGACAACGACGUGGUGGCCCCUACGGAUUUAGCACUGGAGGCCUACUCGCGAGCUCACGAGCCCAAAGAGCUGCACCUCUUUCCGGGUGGUCACUUUGAUGGCUACGUGGGCGACAAGUUCCAGAACAACGUGAAGCGGCAGAUCGACUUUUUGCAACGGCAUCUUCCGGAGUAA